AUGCAUGAAAGAUUUUUGUGUGCAACAUCUGAUGAAUCAUUUUCAGAAUUUAAUGAAAUCCAACAACACACGGAACUAUGUGAUAUUCGUGAUUCUGAAAAUAUAUUUCAGAAAGUACCUGAUGAAAUUAUUGGAAUGAUCAUUGGAUAUUUGAAUUCUGUUGAAUUAAUUUUUUCAGUGUCAAAAAUUUGUAAACAUUGGAGAGAUGAAAUCGUUUUUCCGGUCGUAAAAGAACAGUAUAAAACUGUAGUGGCUGGGAUAUAUGGUCAUCAAAUAGAAUUUGAGGUUACCUCUAUGAUGGAUUUUUAUACUAAAAAGCAAGGUCAGCGAUUUGUGAAGCACAUGCUCCGAAAACGUGUGCUUGAACACGCCAUUCAAUUACAACAAGUUAUUCACUAUUCCAACCAUGAUAACAAAGAUGACAGAGUAGUUGAAUGCAACCCUUCAUGGUUGGACACUGAACUCUCAAUUUUGAAACAAUAUUUUUCCAAUUUUAGUGAUGUGAAAGAAGAAGGAAUUCUGUUCAACUCUAUCAAAAAACGUUCAGUAUCGAGCUAUGAUACGUCAACCAGCACCAACAAUGGCGGAAUUUUUAGAGGGGCAUGGGAUUAUAUAUCAUCGUUAUUUGGUGUCAACAAUUCAACUUCCAUGGUGCAAUCUAGGGCUACAUAUGAAGACCCCAAUGAAAUCUCAAAACCACAAUCAAAAACAAAUGAUUUUCUGUUCAAGUCAUUGCUGGAUGGUACUUUGCGAGCGGGUAAAACAUCGUUUUUACAGGCGUCCUUAUAUGACACUCCAUCAAACUUAACAGACCCUUGUUUAAGUAUUGGUAUACAGUUUGGAUUGAGAACAUUUAUGUUGGGAGAUUCAUGUAAAAUCAAGCUUCAAAUGUGGGAUCAGUACGGACCUGAGCGAUAUCAGCUAAGCACACAAGGUUACUAUUAUCGAAACUCAUCCGUAAUAUAUUUUCUCAUUGAUUUGACAGACCAGAAUGAGUGGUUGGAGCAAAAAGCUGGACAUAUUUGUGAACGAGCUCAUCCUGAAGCUGAAAUAAUUGUGGUUGGAACUAAAAGUGAUCUGCAUGACAAGAGACAAAUGUUGAGGCGAGAUUUAGAAAAAUUCGCAUUCGGAACGUUCAAUGGCGCACUGUAUUUAGAAAUAACGAAUACGAAAAUUGAAGAACCACAAACUGUAGUGUUGUAUUCGGUGUUGUUGAGAUAUUUGUUGAGCUCGCACAAUAGCUCUUGUCAUUUCAUUGAGGAAAUUUAA